GUAGUUGCACCUUGUUAUAUAGAUGUCUUGAAUGCUUUAGAACCAGUGACACCCCGUGCAAUUGCUACUAAGUGUUAAUUCAGAAUACCCAACAUGAGAACCUUGAUUGUCAUCUGCCUCUUAGUUGGAGUUACUCUCGCAGGAGAGAAAGCCACUAAAGCGUCAAAAGAGAAGAAAGUUGACAAACGUGGUCUCUUGGGACUUGGAUAUGGUAGUGGAGUGAUCGUAGAUGGAGGUUUAGGCUUAGGAACAGUAGGAAUCGCUACGCCAGCUGUUGCAAUUGGUGGUGCCGGAAUUGGUCUAGGGAGUACCAGCGUUAGUCUUGGGGGUGCUGGUCUUGGAGGAGUAGCUAUUGGCGGACCAGCAGUUGAAUUGGGAAGACACACACAUACCCAUACUACUAUCACCAGAAACAUUGGAAUCCCCGUUCCACAUCCUGUAGCAGUACCAGUCGACAGACCUGUACCAGUGUCUGUUCCAGUGAGAGUACCCGUGGCUGUUGACCGCCCUGUUCCUGUUGAGGUUCCAAGGCCAUAUCCAGUGACCGUUCACAGAACUGUUGCCGUACCAGUAGAUAGACCUGUCGGCGUUCCAGUUCCCCACCCAGUUCCAGUAGCUGUCGAUAGACCUGUUGGCGUUCCAGUCCCAGCACCAUACCCAGUAGAAGUAUCGAGACCCGUUGCAGUACCAGUCGCGCAUCCUGUGCCAGUCGCAGUUGCUGGAGCUGUCAUUGAUGGUCAUGGUCAUGGUCACGGUCAUGGAUGGUAAUUAACAGGGACUCGUGGAGUCAUUUCGAAAUUAGACAUUAUUUUUUGUAAAUAAAGCAAAUAAAGACGAAACAUCCAGACAAACGAAAUGAA